UUCUCCGUCAAAAGGAACAUGGAAACCACAAGAAGGGAAAAUAUUUUUCCUCCUUUUUUCCCCUUGGAGACAACAAUGAAGCUUUGAUGGAAGACAAGAAAGCAAACAUAAUUGCCGUCUCAUCGGUCGUUGCCCUCAUCAUCUUGAUCAUAGUUGCUCGCGUCUCUCUGAAACUUUCCAAUACUUUCUUCCUCAUUCUUGGUGCUGACAUUGCUGCCAUACUUGCUAUCUUCACAUAUAUUAUAAUCAGAUGGCGUUUUAAUCGUCGAAGGAAAUUGUUAGAGACACGACUCGUUUCAGAGGGCCGAGAGCUUCGAAUCGAGUAUAGUUUCCUUAGAAAAGUUGCAGGGGUUCCAACAAAGUUUAGAUACAAGGAGCUUGAGGAAGCAACAGACAACUUCCAGGCAUUGAUAGGCCGCGGAGCAUCUGCUUCUGUUUUCAGAGGAAUCCUGAAUGAUGGCACUUCUGUUGCUGUGAAAAGAAUUGAAGGAGAGGAGCAUGGGGAGAAGGAAUUCAAAUCUGAAGUUGCAGCAAUUGCCAGCGUGCAACAUGUAAAUCUUGUCCGCCUUCUCGGAUAUUAUUGUGUUCCUGGAGGGCCUCGUUUUCUUGUUUAUGAAUUCAUCCAAAAUGGAUCAUUGGAUUGCUGGAUUUUCCCUCAGAGGGAAAGUCAAGGCCGGCCCAGGGGCUGCUUGUCAUGGCACUUCAGAUAUAGAGUUGCCCUCGAUGUUGCGAAGGCCCUUUCUUAUCUUCAUCAUGAUUGCAGGUCCCGGGUCUUACACCUUGAUGUCAAGCCAGAAAACAUACUUCUUGAUGAGAAUUAUAGAGCACUUGUAUCAGAUUUUGGACUGUCAAAGUUAAUGAGGAAAGAUGAAAGCCGAGUUCUUACGACAAUCAGAGGGACUAGAGGUUACUUGGCUCCAGAGUGGCUAUUGGAGCAUGGAGUUUCUGAGAAAUCUGAUAUCUAUAGUUAUGGGAUGGUACUCUUUGAGAUGAUUGGAGGCCAGAGGAAUGUUUGCUUGAUCGAAAACGGCAGUGACAGGUCUCAAAGGAAAUGGCAAUAUUUUCCAAAAGUGGUGACUGAGAAAAUGAGAGAAGGGAAGCUUAUGGAGGUUGUUGAUCAUAGGUUAGUAGAAGGAGGAGGUAUUGAUGAGAGGGAGGUUAGGAGAUUGGUUUAUGUAGCUUUAUGGUGCAUACAAGAGAAGGCCAGGCUUAGACCAACCAUGGCCCGUGUGGUUGAGAUGCUUGAAGGCCAUGUGACAGUGGAUGAGCCCCCUGAGACUCAAAUGAUCAUUGUUGACCUAUUAUGCACUGAUGAAGAACCAGCUAAUGCCUGUAACAGGCCAAGGAUGGCUGCAUUGGUAACACCCCAAGUAGACAAUGCUACUCUUCCUUCCACUUCCACCUACUCAUAUGCCUUGUCCGUUCUAUCAGGCCGGUAAUCCCAAUAAUUGCUUCAGCUGUCCCCCAUUGUCUUCUACCUACGUUGAUUCAGUUUGAAGGUAUCUUCUUCUUCCUCUAUUGCAAGGAUGGAUUACAAUUUUUGUUUUCUUUUUUGGUCAUUUUUAGUGAAUGUUUUGGGCAGAUGGAAAAAGUAUUCCUAUUUGGACUACCCAAAAAACACUCUGAAUAGAUCAUCCAGCUUUUGUAUUUUCCUUUUCCUAAAAACAAAGCUAGAUUUCCUCUGAACACUUGAGAAAAUAUGGAGGACCAUUGUUCUCAUUUGCAA